AUGGCAGACGUUGUAUCUCUUCGAACAGAAAUUAAAGCUUGGGAACGCGACUUCAAGUCAAAGUUCUCCAGAGAUCCGUCUGUUCAGGAUAUUAAAGAUCAACCUGCUAUAGCUGACAAGUACAAGUUAUACAAGAAACUAUCAAAGGCAGUAGCAGCAGCUGCCUGUCUCUCUCAGACGCGUCCUUCUUCCUCUCAGACGCCUACCACCCCACCAAAAUCUACUGCUCACCCAAGUCGCUCCCAUAUUAUUUCCAAGCCGCGCGAAAUCGAAGUCGUCGCUCCUCUUCCAGGCUUUAAUCCGUUCUCACCAGUCAAAAAUAAAGGCAAGCAGAGGGAUUCCCCCCCUGCAUCCUCAUUUUCAACUCGAAAGGCGCAUUUACCAAAUUCUUUCGCAACUCCGUCCAAGAAUAUACCAAACUGUUCCUCACGGAGCGAAUCCCCAGAUAAUUUCCCAGAAGGACAGCCAUAUGUACCAAUUGGUAUAUCUCUCAGCUCCCAAUUACCUCCCGCGCCGAACACGGCAGUCUCGCGUGCACGAAAGAGACUUCGCGGUGAGCCUGUCUCUCCCUCGCCCAAUAAGCAGAAACGUCAACGUAUCGGUUCUCACUCGGCUUUACCCUUCCGAUUAUCACACUCUUUGUCAAGCGAUGAUGAAAGUGAUGAGAUUAUGGGUGGCACGGAUGUCAAUAUAUCUUUUGUGGACGAUUCUCCCAUAAAACUACCGGCAGGCGGCAAGUCAUUCAGGCUCCUCUUCGAAGACACACUACCGACUGCAAGUGUACCUAAGAGGCCUGCAAACGUUUCCAAGUCACAAUCACGAGGUUCAAACGAUGCUGUAAUCUCACAUGGGGUCGAUUCAAACGAUGCCACGAGUCUCGAAGCAUUUCCGGCCAAUGCCCAUAAAGAUUCUAGACGCUCGAACAACUGCCAAGAUAAACAGAAAUCGAGGACAGAUGCAAAACCUACUUUGAUAUCAAAAAUCAUCAAGAAGGACGAGUUUCCCAACGCUGAAGGCCGGGUAAACCAGUCAAGAUCUGGGUCAUCGCGUACAAUUGCUGUGGAGAAACGAGCGCACGGCAAGUCCCAGGAACCUAAGUCAUCGCUCAAGCGUGUAUUGGAGGCCGUGUCAGUGAAUGAUGGACUGUCAUCAGCUUCUUUUCCACAGUUCCCCUUACUUCCGCCGUCUCCCACCUCUGAAGAGGCCUCUUCAAAUCGACGCGUUCCAGCAAAUGGCAAGGGAAUGGCUGGAACAAGCCGAAAAAAGGCCAAGGUUGUGGAUGAGGAGGAUGAGGAGGAAGAUGAUGACGAUUUAGACGAGGUUGCUGUUAAAGUCAUCAAUCGGACCCAGACAGCACAGCAAGUGUCGGAAAAUGCUGAUAAGCUUGACUGGGAUCCAAUAUUACAUAGCGGUGCCCGUGACCGCGAUCAAUCUGCCGCGGCUGGCGACACGAGUUGUGACGAAAACGGAACGUUUCGUGUUGAUUUACCUGAUGAGCUUCGCCUCAUGUUGGCCAUUUCACCAUCAAGAACCCACAACAGCAAGGAGGAGCGUGUCUUCCGCGGUUUACUUUACGGCGAUCGUGUUGGUCAUUAUGACGCGUCGAGAGGUGGGGAUAUAUGGGAUAUCGGUGAAGCGGAAGAUGACACUCGGGGUAGUACCGAGGGAGAAGAUGAUUGGGAAGGCGAGCCUAUACCAUGGGAAGUCGGAGAGCUGUAG